AGGCUGAUAGAUGGCGCGUUUCAGAAUUCAGGUUAAGACAGAGACCUAGAUAGUAUCGAUUAUACUACGACAUACGGAAGUUUUCUGUUCUUUAUACAAUCUUUCAGAUGUAAAAACAAUUUCCAUGUGAUUUUCUAUUUACAUUACUUUAAAAAAGCGUUAAAAAUAUAUAAUUCGAUAAAAUAGUUCAAAAAUAUUGUCUUGUUAGUGUAUUGUUAUAAGGAUUUUUUAAAACGGCCAGUGUGUAAAUUAAUUGAUUAGUGGCACUGGAAUCUGACACUCCAGUAGGUGAAAUGAAGUUUGUAGUACGUCGAACCUUGUUUUCUCGGGACUUGAAAGCUGGAGUAUUGGUUGACACUGUUAUCGAAUUUCAAUUUGUUUUUGAGGGCAGAUAUUGAGGCUCUAUAAACCUAUUAUUCAAAUUAAUAUGUUGUUUAAAUGUGAAUCUGUAUCAAAUUAAAGUGCAGUCGUAAGAAACUUGGUUCUAUGUGGAACACAAAACAUUGUUUUUCGUCCGUAUAACUUAAACAUGGCUACUAUUCAAUUUUUUAAAAAUUAAAAGUGAUGAAUAUUGCUUGGAAGAACAGGAAAAUCUCUAAAAUAAAGAUGAUUCCACAACGACCAGAGGAUGUCCGCGCAUUUAGCGGCGGAACGCGAUGAGUAUAUUUAGUUGUUUAUUUCCGUGCGCCCCACAGUCAAGCUGGAGGAGCGCCCUAGAGAGUGAGCGCUGCAUGUCAGAGCGGAUGGGGGCCAGCGCGUCGGCGUCGCAAGGGAUCGAGGGGGGCGCAGGGCUUGGACUGAAUCAAGGCCUGGGACUCCCUCCCGGACUCGAGCCUCUUGGGCCUAGGGAAAAGAAGAAACGCGUCACUGGAUUUGCCACUCUGAAGAAAAAGUUCAUUCGUAGGCGCAGAUCUUCGAAAGCUUGCGAUCAUGGACGAGUUUUACGAGAAUUGGUAUCAGACUGGAGUCCUCUAGAAGUAGCCGCUCUGUUGGAAGAGUACGAAGCUUUGGCUGCCUUAAAAGAUCUCUGCGUUCAAGCUGAACUGGCUAGACCUCCAGCUGCAACGUUCAAACAAGACUUAUCUGCACUAUACGAUUUUAAAUAUUGCACUGAUGCGGAUUUGGUUUAUCGAGGGGCGUGUUUUCCUAUACACAGGGCGCUGCUGUCAGCCAGAUGUCCGUAUUUUAGAGACUUACUAGCAGGAUGUCCAGGAUAUGGUGCCAGGAUUUGCUUAGAACUUCGUACUGCCACCGUAGACGUACAGUUGUUUUCGGCGUUACUCAGAUACUUAUAUACCGGUGAUAUAUGUCCUCAUAAUGCAAACAUAGAUAUGAAUCUCCUUCGACGCUUGAGAGAAGAAUUCGGUACUCCUAACGCCUUAGAGGCUGAUUUGCGGUACCUUUUAGAGUCAGGGGACCAUGCUGAUGCGGCAUUGGUCUUUACUGAAGGAGCUGAUGGUCCACUAGGCCCCCGACCUGAUUCGGCUGGAUCAGAGUAUGGUUUCAGACCUCGUCUAGAGCUUCCAUGUCAUAGAGCCGUUUUGGCAGCUCGUUCUCCGUUCUUUAGGUCCCUUUUGGCUAGACGAGCGAGAAACCAAGAAGAACGACAACCUAUUAGAAUUGUAUUGGAUGAAGGCGUCAUUCCUAAGAGAUACGCUAGGGUUUUAUUACAUGCUGUUUAUUUAGAUCAGGUGGAUUUAAGUUUGAUAUCUAGAGGUGGAUGUGGUGGGGGGCUAGGCGAAGCUCACGCCCUUGCUUAUACAGGGCGAGCAAGGCCUUCUCCUUUAGAGGAAGCUAUGGAAUUGUAUCAGAUUGGUCGCUUUUUAGAACUUGAUAUACUCGCCCAAGGUUGUGAAGAUCUUAUUUUAGAGGCACUGUCUAUGGAUACUUUACCUGCUGUUCUUCAGUGGGCUAGACAGCCUCAUGGAUCAGCUUGGGUACAUAGACAGGCAUUGCAUUUUUUGAGAGAAGAAUUCCAGCCUGUUUCUCAGUCGCCCGUAUUGCAUCAGUUGGAUAAAGCGCAUAUAAUAGAGGUUUUAAAAAGUCCGUUUUUGCAAGCUAGCGAACUAGAAGUGUUACAGGCUGUAUUGAAGUGGGGCGAACACGAGCUGAUACGUCGAAUGGAGGAUAGGGGAAUCUUUUCAGAACCAAAUGUAGUGAGUCAUACGGCUCAUUCUGUAACUAGGAAAGGAGUGAAAAAGAGAGACUUGAGUGAUAUUGAGUUGAGGGAAAUAUUAUCGGACUUACUGCCGUUGGUGAGGAUGGAUCACGUGCUGCCUCCUAACAGUGAGGUGUUGUGUCAGGCAAUUCGUCGCGGUCUGGUCAGCACGCCCCCUAGCCAUAUGAUCGGCGGUGAGCGUGAAAAUUUGCGCGUAAACGCCUGGAUUCGCGGAGGUAAGAACAACGGACUCUUCGUACAGCCUCGUUUAUUUAUGCCGUACUAUGACGAGUUGAAAGUGCUGGUUGAAGACCAGCUAGUGCAGGAGGCAGAGAUGUUGCGAGGCAGGCGCGUGCGUUGCGCGCAAGACAUCCCCGACACCCUGUACAUGGUCGAAACGCGUGGCGGGCCAUCGGGAGUGGAUGUAUUAGGCGGCGCUCCUCCAGUACCUGACGUAGCGGCCUUAAACGCGAUGCUAAAGCGCGAGCAGAAGCUGCGUCAAGCUCCGGGCUGUCAACGCGCUCUUUCCAUGCCGCUGGCGAGCCGUGCCGAAAUCGGCCGCCAAAUCCGUUUAAGAGUCGUUCGCGAAUUUAAUUUGCCUGAUAACGUAGCCGAAGCAUUGGAGGCGUACCGCGCUGGGGCUCAGAAUGAGGAAGCCUCGGGAGCAGGAAGACGCAGUCCUGCCCGCAGGCGUCUGGCAACACCGCCUCGGCGUCUAGUGGAGCCACCUGAUGGACGCUUGCCUGAUGUGGCGAUGGCGCCCGCGUCGCUGGGACCACCACCAGCGCCCUCGGAGUUGCGCCUCGAUUUGGGAGAUGGUCCGCUACCUCGUUCGCAUACCGCCCAACGUUCUGCAUACCGACUGUGCCCUGCCGGACCACCGUUCGCACCCUCCGCGCCCGUACCUAGGUUUUUAUAGGCCCACGCCCUUAGAUUUUCAAUUUUUUCUACGGACAAUUAUUUGUUGUUUUGAGAUACCCGGUCACAUGGGACAUCUAUUUAUUAAUACAAAGGUGGAUACUGAUUUGGGUAUUUUUUUUAUACUGAUUGAAUUUUAUUAUUUGUUGGGCACAAUACUUUCUCGUUAAGCAACGUCUGUGCCUUUAUGGCACAUGCAUGCAAUCUUCCGAAAUUUAUAUUUAUAAACAAAAUCAUUUUUAUGAAAAAGAAAUCCACUGGGCACUAAUUACAAAUUUAUGCACGGCAUUUUAUUAACCUUGAUUAAAGUACAUUUUAAUACAUGUUUAGUUUAAUCUAAGACUAAAAUUCAGUUGCAAAAUAUUUAUUUAAUAUAUUUAUAUCUCUCAGUUAUACCACUGCAUUAAGCGACGUUAAUUCAAGUUUUUAAUAUUUCUAUUAUUUUUUCUUCCAAAUAAAACAGCUAUUGUAUGUUGUAUCUGCUAUCUAGGUCUUCUGUAUUUUUAGAAUUGAUAUGUUAAUGUGUGACAUAUGAACUUGUUGCGAUUCAAAUGAUUGGUAGUAAAACCACUUCACAUACAUCACACGCAUUAAACACAAAAAAAAUAGUUUUACUCUAGCCUUUGCCAUAGGACCGUUAUGUCAAAUUUGGUUAAAAUAAGGGUUAUUAAAAAUUUGACACGCCUAAUUUAUUUUGGUUUGGUUAAAGAAAAACGUUCAUAUCAGUACCCACCCACCUUACCUCUAAAAUUAGUCCUAUUUUAAAUCCUUUAAAAAGGAAUGUUUUCGUGAGCAUAUAUAGGCCAAUUUUGUCUGUACUGUAUAUAUUGGAAAUAUUUUGUUAAAACGGGUGAACGCAGACGAAUGGCAAUUUAUGUUUGGGCAAUAUUUUUGGUUGCAUUGAGGUGUUUACGGAGAUAAAAAAAUACUACCUAUUUGUCCUUAUUUUAUAUAUUUUUAUAUUUCGUUUUAUAUAUAGUAAAUAUGCUGCUAGAAUGUUAUUUAUUUCAUUAUAUACUUUUUUAACAAUAUUUUAUACUAUGUAUAAUGUAGAAAGUUCUUGUUUCAUGUUUUAUAAUUCUGUCUGUUUAAAAACUUCUCUUGUUGUAUUUUUGGAGGUUAUAUUAUUGGCAUUAAGUUUUUUAGUUCUAUCAAAUAAGAAAUAAAUAUCAUUCGCCUGUGUACUCCCAGUCUUAUGGUAAAUCUGUGAUUCUCUUGAAGGGAUUUAAAAAAAUAUUAUUUUGGAAAAAUUUUAUUGUUUUUUCGGAUUUUACAAACACUUUGAAACGCGUUACUUGAUGUAAGAAUCAGCAAAGAGUGGUGUUUGGUACAAUAUCAAGAUGUCGCUUUUGCAAACUCAAGAAAACAUUACAUUUUGGCAAAUAUACUUAACUGCGUGUUGUAGUUUACUUAAAAUCUCAGGACAAUGAAAUCAAAAUAAACAUCUUGGUGUUAGCCAAUAAAAAAAUAUAAAAAAAACACGAAGCCAAAAAAUAUUAAAUUGAUUCUUACAUCUAUUUUUUUCUUGUUAUAUAUUUCCUAUCAUUAUCUGUACAAAGUGUCAAAUGUAAAAUCUGUGUUAAUGUACCUGUGUCUGUUGUCUUAGAUGCUGCUGUAUUACUGUUAUACGUGUAAAUAAUUGUAAUUCUGGUUCUCCCAAUUUGAAGAUAACUCUUAAAGUGCAAUAUGUACUUACUCUCGUCUAUUUUUUAUUUUCAACACAUUUUUCAAUCGAUUAUUACGAUAUGUUAUCACUUAAGAUCUAUCGAAAGUAAUCUAUAUUGUUGUUUUUAUGUAUUAAAAGAGAAAAAGUGGUUGAAUGGAUAAUUUUUGAAUGAAUUUAGGUCGAAAGUAUGUUAAAAAUAAUUAAAGAGUAAAGUGGUUACUUGUUUUGUAUGUCAGUGAUUUAAUUUUGAUGGAUAAAUUUAGGAGAAAGUAUAAAAUCAUAACUAUAUAUACAUAGAGUAUUGUGGGGAUCAAUAAUCUAAAAGACUAUUAAAUAUAUAUAAUGUAAUAGCUAUGGACAUAAUCCUUUCGAAUAUUUAGUUGAUAUUUACAGUUGAUGGUUAUGUAGCUUGUAAAACUUCGUGGAGGUUGUGAAAGUUAAAAAUUAAUAUACGACAUUGAUAGUUUAUUAAUGCUCUGCAGUACUCUUUUUCUUUACUUAGGUUUGCAAAAUAUCUGUGAUUUUUGUUGCUAUUUGACGAAUCAAUUGUAAUUUUUAUCUUAUUUUUGGGUCCCACCCAGUCAUUAUUUUGUGAUAUGUAUUUGUAAUAUACAAUCUCUGUCUGAACUUUUCACGUGUCAUUCUCGUAUUUUCGUUAGACAAACUGUAUAUUUAUUUUUAAUGCUGCAUUGCAAUUAGUUAGGGGUAGAAUUUUGUAGAAUGUUUAUUGAACCAAAGAAAUUUAUCUAUGUUCUUAAUAUGUAAGAUCUCACUCUAAUUCAUUAUUGAUGUACUUUGUGCUAAGGUGAAAAUUUUCUCAUGUUUUACAUUAUGCUACCCUUCUUGUCUCUUACCUACCUUUAACAGUUAUAUCCUAUUUAAAUGACUGAUAGCAUAGUAAAAGAAAUGUUCAGUGUAUAUAUCUGUCUAAAGUAAAUGAAGAAAUCUGGCUUAAAUAUAUUGACAGAAGUGAAGUUCAGUUAAUGUUAAUGUGUAUAUGUAAGUAAAAACUAAAAGUGGCUUGUUCCAAUGUCAUCAACACCGGAACUUACGGAACUUAUACAUACAUAUACGUCAAAAAUUCAGGGUAUAUUUGUUUUUCGUUUUCAUUUUGUGAUAUCUACAGAAUUGUACGCUGUAAUUUAUUUUUUAUAUAUCACCAAAAGCAGUUGCUCUGCAACUCCUUUCAUUUUACUUAAAUUCCUAAGCUUAAAUUGAUACCUAUUUUUGGAUAAAAAAAGGGCAGUGAUUGAAAUCAAAUAUAAUAUAGUAAUUUUUUUUAGAGUCUUUGGAAUUAAUUUGAAAUAAAUUCUUGGUAGUUGUUCUACUAUCAAGAAUUAAGAAUUUUUUUUUUAAUUUUAAAAUAUUUCAAUCAUUACCAACAAAACAUUUUGUAUAAUUUUU